ACAAGAUCAUUCGCUUCCAACGCCCCAAUCUUAGACCAUGGAGCAACGAAUAUAUGCUGUUAUAGCUAUAAUUGUCGUCGGUUUUGCCGUUGAGUCAGCAUUGUCACAACCCGCAGCUGACUGGUACGCACAGGCACAGGAAACACUACAGAGGGCGGUUAACUUAGAAAAGUUGAACAAAAAUGUUGCCAAAAAUAUCAUUAUAUUUCUGGGUGAUGGUAUGGGCGUUGCAACUGUGACGAGUGCACGUAUUAAGAAAGGUCAGGAUAACGGACAGACAGGAGAAGAAUACGAACUAAAUAUGGACAAGUUUCCUCAUGUUGGUAUGUCAAAGACGUACAACACUGAUCGUCAGACACCCGAUUCAGCAGGCACGGCCACUGCAUACCUCUGUGGAGCUAAGACUAAGUACGGAGUAAUUGGUUUGGACGAUGGCUCAACGCGCGGAGACUGCGCAGCAAGUAUAGGGUCGGAAAUACCAUCUAUUUUAGAGAUAGCUCAACAACACGGAAUGUCUGUUGGCGUCGUCACGACAACUAGAGUUACUCACGCCACACCAUCGGCCUCAUAUGCCCACAUUCCAGACAGAUACUGGGAAUACGAUGGCGCUAUUCCGACAGCCGAACGAGACGCAGGAUGUGAUCGUGAUAUUGCAAUACAGCUGGUAGAAAAUACUGGUAUACAGGUUGUGUUGGGAGGGGGACGGAGGAACUUUAUGUUGGAUACACAAACUGAUCCGGAAGAGACAACCAGAACAGGGUAUCGCACUGACGGUAGAGAUUUGAUAACAGAAUGGAUUGAGAGUAAACCCCCACUGUCUGCCAUGUAUGUCUGGAAUGAAGAUCAGUUUAAUAAUGUUGACCCAGCGAAAACAGACUUUUUAUUAGGGUUGUUUGAACGCAGCCACAUGAACUAUGAGGCUGAUCGUGCAAACGACAUUGCUGGAGGGCGUAUCGAUCACGCUCAUCAUGACAAUAGGGCUGGGAAGGCCCUGAUAGACGCCGUAGCGUUUGACGAUGCUGUACAAGUAGCCAAAGACAUGACGUCAUCGAACGAUACCUUGAUAGUUGUGACUGCAGAUCAUAGCCAUACAAACGCAAUAACAGGCAAUCCUAGUAGAGGCAAUCCCAUAUUAGGUAAAGUGGACACCGGCUUGGGUGGUGAUGAUCUACCGUACACUACAAUCCUGUACACCGAUGGACCAGGAGGUUUUGAAGUGUCUGACAGUUAUCUGACGACUGGUAGUCGUCCUAAUAUAACAGAUGUCAAUACAGAGGAUCCAUCGUACAUCUUCCAAUCUCUCGUGCCACAGACUUCUGAAAGUCAUGGCGGAGAAGACGUAGCAAUAUUUGCCGAUGGACCCAUGGCCCAUCUGAUACAUGGAAUACAUGAACAACACUAUAUCACUCAUAUGAUGCAGUACGCAGCUUGUAUUGGAGAUUAUGAAUUUUAUGCUAACUGCCAGGCAAACAAAUAG